AUGAUUUUGUCUAAGAAAGGGAAGCUGCUGCUGUUCCUGGGCUCCCAGAUGCUAGUUAUGGCACUCUUCUUCCAUAUAUCCGGUCAUAGGGACUUCUUCCAGACCGAAGAGCCUAAGAGGCCCAUGCAUGUGCUGGUCCUGUCUUCCUGGCGGUCGGGGUCCUCUUUUGUGGGGCAGGUUUUUGGACAGCACCCAGAUGUCUUCUACCUGAUGGAGCCUGCCUGGCAUGUGUGGAUGAGUUUUACCAGCAGCACGGCCUGGAAGCUGCAUAUGGCCGUGCGGGACCUUCUGCGUUCCACUUUCCUGUGUGACAUGAGUGUCUUUGAUGCCUACAUGAAACCAGGCCCCCGAAAACAGUCCAGCCUCUUCCAGUGGGAACAAAGCCGGGCCCUGUGCUCAUCACCUGUCUGUGACUUCUUCUCUAGUGACCAGAUAAGCUCAGCUGAGGAUUGCAAGCUGCUCUGUGCUCAGCAGCCCUUUGAUAUGGUGGAGAAGGCCUGCCGCUCUCACAGCCAUGUGGUACUCAAGGAGGUGCGUUUCUUCAACCUGCAGGCCCUUCACCCACUGCUCACAGACCCUUCCCUCAACCUGCACGUCGUACACCUGGUCCGAGACCCCCGGGCUGUGUUCCGAUCUCGAGAACGCACCAGAGGAGACCUCAUGAUUGAUAGUAAGAUUGUGCUGGGAGAGCAUUUGAAAAUUAUCAAGGAGAAAGACCAUCCCUAUUAUACCAUGCAGAUCAUCUGCAAAAGCCACGUGGACAUAGUCAAGGCCAUACAAGCCCUGCCUGAAGUGCUGCAGCAGCGCUUUCUGCUCCUGAGGUAUGAGGACUUGGUUCGGGAACCCCUGGCCCAGACCUCCAGACUAUACAAAUUUGUGGGGUUGAAAUUCUUGCCCCAUCUCCACACCUGGGUUCACAACGUCACCCGUGGCAAGGGUAUGGGUCAGCAUACCUUCGACACUAACUCCAGGGAUGCUGUCAACGUCUCCCAGGCAUGGCGUUGGUCCUUGCCUUAUGAAAAAGUUUCUCAACUUCAAGAUGCCUGUAGUGAGGCUAUGGAUUUGCUGGGAUACCGCAAGGUCAGAUCCCAACAAGAGCAAGGCAACCUGUCGCUGGAUCUUCUGUCUUCCUCCCCUAAAUUAGGGCAAGUCCAGUGAGAAGGCUUAGGAGAUCUAUCUGUACCAACUGGUUCCAGCCUCAGCCACCAUUAAGUAAUCCCAAGCCUUAACUGUAUCACCAGAUGAGCAAACUGAGCAUCAAUUGUGCCUCCCCAGACACAAGCAGAAGUCUUUGUGUCUGUACUCAAGUCUAUACUACUCAAGUCUGAGCCUAAAGCCAAGAAGCAAUCUCUGUCUAUCUUGAAAAGACUCAGGAACCUUGAGCAGUCCCUUUGUGUCUGUACUCAAGUCUAUACUACUCAAGUCUGAGCCUAAAGCCAAGAAGCAAUCUCUGUCUAUCUUGAAAAGACUCAGGAACCUUGAGCAGUCCCUUCAGGCCACCAAGCAAGAUGGCUGCCUUUCUUCUCUUCUUGGCCUCCCUACCUGUGCAUACCUCAGAGACUGUGGCCUGGAGGCCAACUAGACAUCAAGCAGCAAUGAGAAAGUGAAAAUUAAAAACCAGAGAAAUGGGACCUUCACCAAAGAGCUCCCGAAACUUCCACAUAGACCUGGACUCUGGACUCUCAGAGUUUCCAGUAGAUUCAAGGAAUCGGGCGCAGGGGUGGCUGCUUACCUGUGAGUCUGCCCAUUGCACUGUCAGUUACUAGAAAUAGGAAGCGAACACUGUGCCUGCCCAAUGGGACCAGCACUCGAGUU